AGGAGAUAUUACACAUAAAUAUGUUGACCUACGAGGAGAAAGCUACACUUCUUAACAGCUGGCUUUCAAGAAAUGCCUUUUGGAAUACCGACGUGGUUGAAAUAGAGGCUACUGAAGAAGGGUUAGAAGUUGUUCCUUCACCUCAAGCUGAAGGUUUAGAUGAUAGACCGUUACUUAGAAUUCCAAAGGGGAAUAUCUUAUCAAUUAAAAACGCCUCUAUAAACAACUUAUUAGAGGACUGGGCUGAAUCUGAAUUAUUAGCCAAACUUGAUAAGAUGAUGGAUCAAGAAGAGGAAGGAAAUGUUGAUGAUGAUAAUGACGAUGAUGACGAUGAAAGAGUGAAUUUAAAAGAUGUAGACGUUCAUAGUUUGGUAUUGGCACUUAUUUAUGAACAUUCUGUGGGGAACAAAUCUCCUUGGUACGAAUUCAUUGCCAGUAUUGAAGUGGAAGAACAACCAUUGCCAUUGAAUAUGUGGAAAGAAGAAGAUAAAAAAUUGUUGUACAACAGUGAAUGUGAUUUACUUCAUAUGUUAGAUGGUGGAGAUGUGGUGAGGUUAUUAGAAGAAUGUAGAAAGUUUGCCGAAGGUAAUAAGGAAUUCGUUGAUAUUCCAGAAGUGUUUGAAAGAGUUGAACAUAAGAAGCAAGAACAGGAAAAGCUUGAAUUAUUUGGAAAGUUUUUACAAGUUGUAUUUUCAAAGAGUUUAUACAUCGAUGGUUUCCACGGACUUGCUCUUGUUCCUGGAGCUGACUUGUUCAAUAGAUCAAAGUUUGAAAUUGACUUUGUGAAAGAGGAAGAGGUUUGUGAAAUUUGUGGAGAGGAAGAAUGUGAACACGAAGAAGAUGAUGAAGAAGAAGAAAUUGUAGUGGAUGAAGAUGAUGAAGAAGGAUUAGAAAUAGAGAGUGGUGAAGUAGGAGAAGAUGAUGAAGAAAUGGAUGUCGAUGAAGAGGGACCUGAAAUUACAGAGGGAGACAUUACAUUUGGAGAUGUUUCAUUUGGAGAUGAUUAUUCAGAUUCAGAAAGGGCACCCGAAUGGGAAUUGGAGGAAACAGAGGGAGAAAGUGGAGAGGAUGAAGAUAGUGAUGAUACUGAUGGGGAGGAUAUGGUAGGAAAUGAUGGAAAGGAAAUUGAUGAAGAUGAUGAAGAUGAGAAGAAUGAAGUUGAAGAAGAAGUUCUUGUUGAAAUCACACCAGAAUAUAUCACUGCUAUGGAAGAGGAAUUAGAAGAAGAAGAGCAUGAAGAAGACGAAGAGGAAGGUGAAGAAGAGGAAGGUGAAGAAGAGGAAGGUGAAGGUGAAGAAGAUGAUGAAAUGGAAGAUGACGAAGCCGACUCUCCUCUUGUUCUUUCGGACGAUGAAGACUUAUCAGGAGAAAGAGAUGACCUUUUCCAACAAUUAGUCACUGCUCAAUGUUGUGAUAUUAUUCCAUUGAAUUACCAAUACGAUAAGAAAUUUAACAACUGUGGAGAUAUGCCAAAUGCUCAUUUACUUCAAAGAUAUGGGUUUGUCGAAGAAGAUAAUGAAAAUGAUUCUUGUACUCUCACAGUUCAAAUGUUUUCCUAUUUGAAGAAGGUUGAAGGUCCAAAGAAAAUGUUAUUGGACGUUAAACUUCAAUGGUAUGAAGAAGUUGGUUUUGAAAUUGUGAAUGAAUUAUGUCAAGAAGACGAAAGUGGACAUGAUCACAAACACGGGGGUGAAUGUGGAGAUGAAGGAUGCGAGGAUGAAGGAUGUGGAGAUAAGGAAUGCGGAGAUAAAGAAUGUGGUGAUGAAGGAUGUGGAGACAAGAAAUGCGGAGAUGAAGGAUGUGGAGAUGAUUGUGGAGAUGAAGGAUGUGGUGAGCCAUCUGAACCAUCUAUUUCUGAACCAACAUCAUGGGAACUUUCUCCUAGAGUCAACUUUGAUGGAUCUCCAACCCCUCAAACAUAUGCUCUCAUCAAGCUCAUUUUGCUCCCAUUCAAUCUUUUCAAUGCUAAAUUCCUCAACUGUGCCAGUGAAAAGAAGCUCAUUAGAAGAAUUGUUGAACGUCUCUUACCUAAUGCAACUUCUGCUGAUCAACGUCGUCAAGAAAGUUUGGAUAGAGAACACUCUGAGACUCUUAAGGUAUUCACCUCUUGGUGUCAAGAUAGAUUAGAUAGAUACAAGGAUGAUUUGACUAGUUCAGACUAUGAGGCUUUACUCAAUAAAAAGGACCUUUCUGAGCAAAAGAGAAUGAUCUAUACUAUGUUGAAGCAAGAGAAGGAAAUCUUGUCUAGAGGAUGUUCAUUUUCAACUGAAUAAUGGUGGGGUAAAGACGGUGUAUAUAUGACAAAAUUAGAGAAUAAAUAUUAUUAAAAAUCAA